AUGGAGGACCUGUUUCCAGGCAGGCGUCUGCCCUACUGUGGCCCCAACAAGAUCAAUCACUUCUUCUGUGAAGUCCCAGCAGUCCUAAAGCUGGCCUGUGCAGACACCUCAGUAAAUGACCGCGUAGACUUCAUUCUCGGCUUCAGUGUCAUCGUCAUUCCAUUUUCCCUCAUCUUUGUCAUUUACAUCAACAUCUUCAUGGCCAUCUUGAGGAUUCGUUCCGUCCAGGGGCGGCUGAAGUCUUUCUCCACCUGUGCCUCUCACAUCACUGUAGUCACCAUGUUCUGCAUGCCAGCCAUGGUUAUGUACAUGAAGCCUGGCUCAGAGGCCUCACCAGAUGAAGACAAGAAGCUGGCCCUGUUCUACAAUGUCAUCUCUGCUUUCCUCAACCCUAUCAUAUAUAGCCUUCGGAACAAGGACGUGAAGAGGGCUCUCCUCAAGGUGACAGGCUGGAGUAGGGCCCCAGAAUGA